GUUGACAAAACUAUAUCCAACAAAGUUAACUGAGAUGUUCAUUUUAUGAAUUAUUUAUCCGUUAGUUUUAUAAUGAAUAACUCAGUUGGAGUCAACUCCUGACAUAGAGUGGUUGUGUGAAAUGAUAUAGAGGUUUAAAAAUAGCUUUUUCCUCCAAUUCAUUGUUUUGACUUAUGAGUGACCUUGAACUUGGUGAUGUGAUUUAAUGUAAAUAUUUGUUUGUGUGUCUGUAUUUAGUUGUGCGUGCCAAUAAUGGCGUUGGCAAUAUUCUUAUUCUUGGCCCUUCUUCUAAGUUCGUCAUGUGAGGCUUACAAAGCGCUGGUGGUGUUUGGUAUGCCCUCAACUAGUCACUUCAAUCUUGGCAAUGGAGUUGUCAGAAAUCUUUUAAGAGAUGGACAUGAGGUAACAUACAUAACUCCUCUUGAAUAUAAGAAUCCCCCACCAAAUCUUCGGCAGAUUAACGUGAACAGCAAUUUUGACGUUUUACCAACGGAUCAAAUAAACAUAAAGCAUUUGAUGGAAGCUCCCACGCCGAGUGGCCAUCGGAAGGCCGUUAAGCUGAUGCUGAUAAAUCUGGUGACGAAGACGAUAGAACACGAAAGUGUACAGAGACUGUUGAAUGAUACCAAUGAGCACUUUGAUGUCGUCAUCGUUGAGCAUAUGAUGUCGGAGCUUAGCGCAAGCUAUGCUACAAUAUACGACUGUCCUUUAAUCUGGGUGAGUCCUGUAGAAGUGAACGCACAGUCUGUUGGUUUGGUCGAUGUUUUUCCAAACCCAGCUUAUACUACUGACGCCAUGGCAUCAUACACACCGCCCUUUACUUUCCUGGAGAGAUUGGAAGAGCUCUGGACAAGAAUCAGUGAUAACUACAAUGACUACAUGGUUUAUGAACCAACAGAGGAAGCAGAAUAUCAGAGACUAAUUGUACCUCAAAUCCAAAAGAGAGGUCGGCAAGCCCCAUCGUAUAGUGAGGUCCGAUACAACGCAACUCUAGUGCUGGGUAACUCACACGUGUCCACAGGUGUGCCUCUAGGCUUACCGCAGAAUUAUAAGUCUAUAGGAGGCUAUCACAUCGAGGAAGAAGUCAAGCCAUUACCUGAGGACUUGGAAAAGAUAAUGAUGAACUCCAAAAACGGAGUCAUAUACUUCAGCAUGGGAUCCAACUUGAAGGGCAAAGACUGGCCAGAAGAGAUCAAACGUGAUCUCCUUAAAUUAUUCGGAGAAUUAAAACAAACGGUGAUCUGGAAAUUUGAAGAAGAAUUGCCAAAUGUACCGAAAAAUGUUCAUAUUAUGAAAUGGGCACCGCAGCCGAGCAUUUUAGCUCAUCCAAAAUGCGUCCUGUUCAUAACCCAUGGAGGACUACUAUCUACUACAGAAACUAUUCAUUACGGUGUACCUACUAUUGCCAUACCUGUCUUUGGAGAUCAGUUCAUCAAUGUCAAGAAAGCUGUCGCUAGAGGCUUUGCUUUGGAAGUUAAACUCUCUUACUCAAUAGCUGCUGAUUUAAAAUUGGCGAUUCAAGAAAUGCUAAACAAUCCUAAGUAUAGACAGAGAGUAAAGGAGCUGUCCUACAUCUACCACGACCGACCAGUGAAGCCGGGAGCGGAGCUGCGACACUGGGUGCAGCAUGUAGUGAACACACGCGGCGCCCCCCAUCUGCGCUCUCCUGCACUAGCCGUGCCUUUAUAUCAACGACUGUACCUAGAUCUAGCAGCCCUACUAUUAGUAGUUUUUUUAGCUCUUAAAUUAUUCCUAAGGAAACUGUACCACCGUAUUAGACCUAAGAAGUUUGUAAAUAGUAAGAAAAAGGAUAAGAAGAAUUAAAUAGUGAUUUGAAAAGUU